AUGCACAGAAGUGUCCAGCUUUAUCGGCAUGGUGACAGAUCUCCUCUUUCAACUUUUCCCAAAAAUACAAUCAAAGAUGAUGCCUGGCCACAGGGAUAUGGACAACUGACUAAGAUUGGAAUACAGCAGGCAUACAACCUUGGGAAGUGGUUAAAAGAUAGAUAUAAGAACUUCUUAAUUUCUGGAUACAAGCCAAAAGAGAUUUAUGUUCGAAGUACAGAUUAUGAUCGAACCUUAAUGAGUGCUGAAGGAGUCCUGGCUGGUCUCUUUCCUCCUUUAAAGGAAGAAGAGUGGAACCCAGACAUUCAUUGGCAACCUAUUCCAGUUCAUACUGUGCCCCUUUCAGAGGAAAAGUUAUUAAUAUAUCCUAUUUAUAAAUGCCCAGAGUUUAAAAGAUUACUACAACAGUUCAAACAACAAAUUAAAUCCAAGGACCUCUUGAAAAAUUACAUGGCCAUUCCGCUGACCAGCCAGACCAACGCAACAUUGUGGAAUAAGAUUUACCUCAGCGUCCAGCUCGAGGGCAAGCCCUGCCGCAUGGAGGGUAACCUCCCCAGUCUACUGGGCUUAGACUGGUUUGAUGCCCUGGGCCUCAGCGUCGCUGGGGUGCAUGCAACGGCAGGCCUUGAUCAGUUUGAAGGGCUGAUUAAGGAGUUUGCUGCAGUUUUUGAUGGGUCGUUAGUACAAGAACUGUUUCAUAUGUUGGAACAGGGCUCCAUUUUCGCCAAACAGGAUCUUACCCAGGCGUAUCAGCAGCUCCCUGUGGAUGCUGCUGUUGCAGAAGCGCAGACCAUUGUCACCCACGAGGGAGCUUUUAAAUGCUGGCAGCUCCAGUUUCGUGAAAUAUACAAAUAUCCUUUACCAAAUUGGGCUGAUAAAAAGACUAUGCAAAGGGUAAAAUCCCUGUUGGAAUAUGUGGUAAAUGGCGCUUUGGGGGGACCGUUAAAAAAUAAGAAAUCAAAACUACAAGGAGGUAUCCUUGUGAAACAUAUUCUGGAAAAAAUGACAAGUGCGAUUAACAACAACGGACUUAAAAUGAUCAUGUAUUCAGCACAUGAUAUGACAAUCAUUGCUCUGCAAAUAGCACUUGGUGUUUACAACAAGUUAUUACCUCCUUAUGCUGCCACCCAUAUUUUUGAGUUAUAUGAAGAAGACAAUGGAAGCCAUACCAUUGAGAUGUAUUAUCGGAACAACACUGCUGUUGAACCCCAUAUGCUCACUUUGCCAGGAUGCUCAAAGGCUUGUCCAUUGGAGAAGUUCCAAAAUCUGGUUACUCCUAUUUUGCCAACAAAGGAAUGUUGAAAGAGGAAGAAAUCAAAGCAAUAAGGAACAUCUUGAACGGAAGGUCAAAGAUUACCAGAACAGUGAAAAUGUUUUUAAGAUAUACAAAAUCA